AUGUCAUUAGUCAAGCUUGCAAAUACGUGUGCUCAUUUACAAAACUGCUCGAAAGUUAGAGUGGCCCUGACAUCAAUUCCAUAUACGAAAUUGCAAUUACAGUUUGCGUAUAACCUUUACCAACAAGGUUUUCUAUCGUCUUUACAGAAGGGGUCAACUAUGGGCCCGGAUAAAGAUUAUGUUGAAGUGACACCUGAUAAUAUCUCUACCAGAAGACUUUGGAUAGGAUUGAAGUACAGAGACAACAAACCCGUUCUCAGUAAAUGCAGGUUAAUAUCCAAACCAAAUUCAAGAAUACACUUACCAAUGGAAGAUAUGAAGAGAUUGUGUUCUGGGGUUACUAUUAGAAACAUUAAACCCUUACAGCCAGGGGAAUUGAUUCUUGUCCGAGCUCAGAAUAGUAUUAUGGACAUUAAUGAAGCCAUUGCAAAAAAGUUGGACGGAGAAGUACUAUGCAGAGUAAAAUAA